CUUUGUGCCCUUAAUAUGUUCAGGGGGGAGGUUUUUGCUUACCCUCUGUACCUCCAGAAAAAAAUGGCUUGUAAGCCAGUGAAAUUCUUUGCUAUGGAUGUUGCGUGCAAGUAUUGGCCUUACCUCAAAAGAGUGAGUGAGAGAUGCCCUGAGCUUCAGGAUCUGCUCUCAAUGAAGCCGUUUCUUUCAGUGUUUCAUGUUAAAGCCCACGACUUCAAAUGCGAGGUAAAAUGGAGUGGGACGUACCAGGAGGGGGCUGGUUUGACUCUUGGGGAGUAGGUGGAGCAGUGUAAUGCCUUCCUUUCAAGAAUUGCUGUUACCACAAAGCACAUGGCAAAAGCAGUACGCACAGACAUGCUCACAGUCAUGGCCAUGCGCUGGAAUCAGCAAAAGACGAACAACUUGGCUUCCACACUUGCCCGCCGAUAUCAAAAGGCCACAAUAGCCCUGCAAAGACAGUUGCAGAGCCUGGAGAUCAUGAAAACUGAAAUGGCAGUCACAGAUGAUCGCCUGGAGGGCUGGAUCACUGAUGUCAAGGAGUGGGCAGAAGGGACAACAUCCUCAACUGAUUCUGAUGUUGCUGCUGUGGCCAGACGAAUUGAGGAGCUGGUCACCAGUAUUAAAAGGAGAUCACACCGUCUUUAUAAAGACAAUGAUGGCUGCAAGGGUCGUGCCUGGAUACGCAGAAAGAUUAGGGAGGAAAAGAAGCUUUUAAAUUCUGUGGUGGUUCAAUAUAACGCCAUGGUUCCCAAUGCAGAAAACCUGGACUUGGACACCGUUCUUUCCGAUGACAUAAUUUGGCCAUGGCAGCUUCCACACAAUGACUCUGUAGGUCUAAGGACAAAAAGGAAGGCAUUUGACAUGGUAAUGGCAGUAAGGAGGCUUGAGGAGGAGAAGAAGAUUCUCAUUACUGAGAUGGAAAAACAUUGGACAUCUCUUUGCACCCGUGCAGACACCCUGAAAGAGAUGUCAUCCCAGCUUUGCAGUAGCACAUCAAGUGAGAUGUGGGGCCUGAGUAAAGAGGGAAUCCAAGGUCUACAGAGUUUAACCAAGAAGAACACACAAGCCAUCAACAGAAUACGAAAGCACACAAAGAACUGUUAUUUGCAAGAUUUGACUGGAACAGAAGUAAACUUGGAAAGUGAUUCAGAUGAAUACAAUAGUGACUCUGAACUUUCAGAAGAUGAAACAGAGGAUGUAUAAUGACCAACUUUUAAGUGUCUUGUCAUGUUCUCCAAGUCUUUGUUAAAGAAAUGUAUAGAUUGGCAAGAAGAUCAUUGUAGCACCUGGACUCUUUAUGUUGAAAUUCAUUUCUGUUUAUCACAUACAAAAUCAGAGUACAACAUGCUGUAAGUGUAAGUGCAGUGCUACAGUAUGUCAUAAAAGAAGAUUGGGAAUAAAAAGAGAAGAAGUUUUAAUUAUUUUAAUUGUUUUUAAUACUUUUAUUUUUAUGUUUUUAAUAUAUAUUUCUUGACCAUGUCCAUGUUGUCUGUGACCAGAUGGGAAGAAAAACCACUACCAUGCAGACUUGUAGCAGGAGUCUCUGUUUUUUUGUAUUUUAUUUCGUUUAUCCAUCCAAAGCCAAAAUAAUUUUAUGACCCUGUUGAUUAAACUUAAAAAAAUUGUUUAGACUUUAAAUUUAAUUGAACUUAGAACUUGAAAACUUAUUUUAUGAAUUGGUGUGUUCUCAUGUUUGUGUUAUUAUUAUGAAUAUCUGAAAUAUAACGCCUUGUGUAGUGCUGCUCUGUAUGGUUUACUUUGUGUCUCAUCAUCAAUAUUACA